GUUGUGUCGACAUAAUUUAGGUAGCACUGUAAGUAGUUUUCGUUAAGUAUAAAACACUCAUUAGCUAGGGAGUGCCCAAGCGGGGCACUCACAACAGGAUAUAUAAGUGUGCACGUGGUGGGUAUCGCUCUUCUCUUCUGUUGUAACGUGAGAGCGGUAACAAGUACAAUAAAAUACCGUUUCUCGAAAAGUGGUGUCUUAAUAUAACACCUUAAUUUACUUUUGAGAGUGCUGUGAUUUGUAGGCGGAUCUUCUCGCAUCCCAUCUGUGAUUUUGCUUGCUUGAAUGCUGUAUUUGGAGAAAAGACAGAGAAGACUAUAUGGAUUCUAAAACCAUCGAACCACAUCAUGUGCCAGUUGUAUCAUCCAAUGUCAUUUCGAGAAGUGAUAAAAUAAUGCCAUCAAAAUCGCUUUCCUCCUCCUGUUCCAGAUCUGGCACACUAACUACAUCCCGACUUCCUGUGCUUGUAAUCAGCGAAACCAGCCCUUUAGUACAAAAUGCAUGUGUACCCCGUCCGUUAGACAAUUUGCUCGACGCUGGUGCUUCAUCGAAAACCCGUCUUCCUACUAGGCAAACAAACUCAUCUGCUUCCUCUAGUUUUAAGGCACCCCAUAAGCCCCUUCCGGUCCUUCCCACAGUCUACCGACCAAUUGUGGAACCUUUGAAUUUGCCUCAAUCUUCUGGAUCGAUUUCUAAUACCAGUGAUUUGUCGAAAUCCCGUCUUCCCGUACUUCCAUCUGUACAAAUAGAAACACCUAAAACGAAUAUGCCUUCAUCUACUACUCCCUUUUCCGUGGAAGCUUUGACGGAGAUUAUGAUAGAAAUGUCCAUGAAGGUAGAUUUAAUUUACGAUACAAUGUAUCACAAAAAUGCCACAGCCAGAAAAGUGUCAAUUAAAAUUUUUUUUGAUGAAGCAGGAUUGAUUAAUUUUAACGAAAGGUUAAAAUCUGAUAGCAUCUUUAUGUUAAACACUGCACAAAAACUUAUAUUUUAUGUUACAAGUGCUAAAGAUAUAGAAGGUAGACUCAACUUAGUUUUAGAAGUAAUGUUCGAUCGCAAAUUUUUGUCCACUUGUAGUUGGUCGGAGAAAAGUAGUGUAGGUGCACGUAAGAUAGAUUUCAAUCGAUUUAUAUACGUACUUCACUUAUUGAGAGUUGUAGGAGGUAACGAUUAUCUUGAGGCUACGGAUACAUUAGUAAAAAAGUUUCUUAUGAAGAAACUAGGGAAUGCGUUGACUGCAAGCGAAGCAAAAAAAACGAAAAACCGAAGAAUUGCUGUGAUUUUGUUUUAUUGUUAAAGGAUGACAAAGAUGAAUUGCUUAAAAGAUGUGAUGGUUUGUUAACUAGUUAUGUAAGUAAUAAGAGCUAUAUAAUUGAAUAACAAAUGAACUUUUACAACAAA